GUCGACGAGACAAAUGGGAUGAGAUUGUUUGACCACUGGAAGACGACGUUGACCGGCGGCCCUCUUCAUGCAGAAGAGGAGAGGGCGAUAAAUAGAUGGAUUCCGAGUUCCCUGCAGCAGAAAGCUGGUCAUGGGUCGCAAGCUCCGCAGCCUCGUGGGCGCCCUCAAGGACACCGCCUCCCUCAGCAAGGCCGCAGCCACCGCGGCCGCUUUGUCCCCCUCCUCUGCCGCCCAGCUGGCCGUCCUACGCGCCACCACCCACCACCCUGCCGACGAGCCCCCCCACCCCCGCCACAUCCAGGCGCUCCUCUCCUUCGGCCACGGGUCCCGCCUCUCGGCUGCCUCCGCCGCCGGCGUCCUCGCCUCCCGCCUCCGCUCCACCGGCGAUCCCGCCGUCGCCUUCAAGUGCCUUCUCGCUCUCCACCACCUCCUCGCGCGCGGUGCCUUCAUCCUCCGCGACCAGCUCCCGCCCGCCCUCCUCCGCCACCCCGCCUCCGGCCGCAACCCCCUCGUCCUCGCCGCCUUCCGCCACGGCUCCUCCUCCGCCGCCUCCUGGGCCCUCGCCUCCUGGGUCCGCUGGUACGCCCGCCUCCUCGAGCUUCUUCUCUCCGCCUCCGUCCUCCUUGUCUCUUUCCCCACCGCCCAUCGGCCCUUUGCCAAGCCCGACGACGACGACCGGGAACGGGUCACCUCCCUGCUCGACCAGGACCUGAUCUCGGAGCUCGACGCGCUCGUCGGGAUCGUCGAGGAGAUGGCCGGCGUACCGGAGAUGGUCGCCGUCGAGGGCAGCAGGCUCGUCGCGGAGGCGGUGAGGCUGGUCGAGGCCGAUAGGGUGGCCGCCGAGCACGAGAUCGAGAUCCGGGUCACGGAAAUGGAGGGUCGACUCGGUUCACUCCGCUUCGCCGAUUCGGUCGAGUUAGUCUGCUUACUGAGGCGGUUGGAGAACUGCAGGUAUCGGCCGUGGGAUCGCAAGCCGACGGUGGGAGAUUGGUUCUGGGCCGGAGUCCGGGACUUGAUGGACCGGGCCGAGAAGGUGGUGCUACGGAAGGAGGAAGAGGAGAGGCGGGUGAAGAGAGAGAAGGCGAGCGCGUCGGCUCGUGCAUCCGACCGCAUUCCGGUCGGGUCCAACCAGGCGGUACGGUUCGGAUCGACAAGGUGGGCGGACCGCUGACGAAGGCUACGUGGAGGACCCCAAUCCCAUCCAACGAUGCUUUUAAAUGGGCUCUUCCAAUUCCUCAUCUCGAUCGUCCGAUGGUGCAUAAUCGGAGUGGAUCCGUGUCCAGCGUUGUAAAUUGAUGGAAUUGUAAGAUCCAUAGGGGGCGGUGGGAUUGUUGUUCAUUGGGACAAAAAGGUGAGAGUUUAAUUUUUUGUGUUAGUAGAAGGCCAUCAAGGAGUGAUGGCAUAAUAGUGUAUAUAAUAAGAAUGGUGGUUGAGCUUGUUCUAGAAUAUGACAUUUUCUUUUUGAUUGGUUAGAAUUGAUGCAACAUCUCAUGUUCCAACAUCA